AUGGCGACCCAAUCCUUCCGCGACAUCUACAGCUACCUCCCCCCACCCUCCGAAUGCUUCGCCCUCCUAGUCGGCUGCAUGGAGCUGACCGUCUUCGGCCUCGGCGGCCUCGCCAACCCCAUGGAAUUCGGCAAAGGCUACGGUCUCCCCAUGACGCCCGCCACAACCUCUCAAGCCCACCCGGGCGCACUCGAAGCUUCGUCCGACGAGAAGCAGAAAGCCGGUAGCGUGCAGAAGACGCAAGAAGCGUACAUUGCCGCGAUUGCUGCACGGAAUAUUCAGAAUGGCGUGUUGAUCCUGACGUUGGGAUUGUAUGUUAAGGAUCGGCGGGCCAUGGGUAUUGCGUUGAUGGCGGGUCUGGUUGCGACGGUGGGGGAUGCGUUGAUUGUGCAGGCUUAUGGGGUGCCGAGUGCGGUUUGGGGACAUUUGAUUGGGGUCUUUAACAGUGUGGCUAUUGGAGGCUCGCUGUUGUACUGGGGCAGGACUGAUCCUUGGUGGUAA